AUGGAUAGUCCCAGUCGUGUGUAUCUCUUCGGAGACCAGACUGCGGAUUUCGACUCAGGGCUCCGGCGCUUGUUGCACGCUAAGAAUGAUUCCUUGCUGUCGGCAUUUUUCCAAAAGUGCUACUAUGCCUUGCGCAAGGAAGUUACUGCACUGCCACCAUCUGAGCGGCAGAAGUUCCCUCGCUUCACCAGCGUUGUUGAUCUGCUCGCUAGAUACAGAGAGUUUGGACCUAACGCGGCCUUGGAAAGCGCAUUGACGACAAUUCAUCAGCUAGGCAGCUUCAUCCAUUACUACGGGGAUUUGGGCCAUGCCUAUCCGUCGGGCGAUGAUAAUUUCAUCGUUGGUCUUUGUACCGGUCAGCUUGCAUCUGCAGCUGUUAGCUCUUCGAAAACCGUCGGAGAGCUUAUUCCAGUCAGCGUGGAGACUGUGGUGCUUGCUUUGAGACUCGGUAUUUGCGUCCUGAAAGUCCAGGAUCUUGUAGAGUCCAACAAGUCCCCAGGAUCAAGCUGGUCUGUCCUCGUUUCUGGCAUGCGUGAGCCCGAAGCCCAGGAGCUGAUUCAACAGUUUGCGAAGACGACUGCCUUGCCCCGUGUGUCUCAGCCUUACAUUAGUGCAGUCAGUCAGAAUGGACUGACUAUCAGUGGUCCUCCAACCUUCCUUGGCCGUUUCAUUGAGACCAACCUCUCCAAGGAGCACAAGCCAAUAAGAGUCGCGAUCCACGGCCCUUACCAUGCAUCUCACCUAUAUGAUGACAAGGAUGUUAGCCGUAUCAUGGAAUCGUGGCCCAAGGAAGAGUUCGCCAGCUAUGUGCCCCAGAUUCCUGUUCUAUCCAGUGAAACGGGCCAGGAGAUUGAGGCUGAGAGUCUAGAACAGCUGUUGAAAUUUGCCCUCGAAGAGAUCUUACAGCGUCAGCUUUGCUGGGACAAGGUCAUCGAGUCUUGCCAUUCGGCAUUGGAGCCUGCCACAUCAACAUGCACAUUGCUUCCCAUCUCCAGCACUGCUACUCAGAGCCUGUUCAGCUCGCUGAAGAAAGCUGGAAUCUCCAACCUCGAGCUUGAUAGCUCAAUUGGCGACGUUCAAAAGGAUACCGAGGCCGAGAACCGUACUGGUCGUGCUGAAAAAUCCAAGAUUGCUAUCAUCGGUCUUUCGGGCAGAUUCCCAGAGUCACCUGACACCGAAGCAUUCUGGGACCUUUUGUACAAGGGCAUGGAUGUUCACCGGGAAGUUCCCGCCGAGCGAUGGGACGUGAAGGCCCAUGUUGACAUGGAAGGAAAGACACGAAACACUAGCCAGGUUCAAUACGGAUGCUGGUAUAACGAGGCAGGAAUGUUCGACCCUCGCUUUUUCAACAUGUCUCCCCGUGAGGCUCUCCAGGCUGAUCCUGCCCAGCGACUCGCUCUUCUUACUGCCUAUGAGGCCUUUGAGAUGGCUGGAUUCAUUCCUGACAGCACUCCUUCUACCCAGAAGAACCGAGUCGGUGUCUUCUAUGGAAUGACCAGUGACGACUACCGUGAAAUCAACAGCGGUCAGGAUAUCGAUACUUACUUCAUUCCUGGUGGUAACCGUGCUUUCACACCCGGCCGUAUCAACUAUUACUUCAAAUUCAGCGGCCCUAGUGUUAGCGUUGACACAGCUUGCUCUUCAAGUCUUGCGGCAAUUCACGUGGCCUGCAACUCCCUGUGGAGGAACGAUUGUGAUUCUGCCGUGGCCGGUGGUGUUAAUAUCCUCACGAAUCCCGACAACCAUGCUGGUCUCGACCGUGGCCACUUCCUCUCAAGAACGGGAAACUGCACUACCUUUGACGACGGAGCUGAUGGUUAUUGCCGAGCAGACGGAAUCGGUUCCGUUGUUCUCAAGAGACUCGAGGAUGCUCAGGCCGACAACGACCCUAUCUAUGGUAUCAUCAACGGAGCUUACACCAACCACUCCGCUGAGGCUGUUUCCAUCACGCGUCCUCACGUCGGAGCCCAGUCAUUCAUCUUUGAUAAACUUCUCAACGAGUCAAACAUUGACCCUAAGGAGGUCAGCUACAUCGAGAUGCACGGAACUGGCACCCAGGCCGGAGACGCAGUUGAGAUGCAGUCAGUUCUUGACGUGUUCGCCCCUGACUACCGUCGCGGACCAAACCAAUCUCUUCACCUUGGUUCAGCAAAGGCAAAUGUCGGCCACGGAGAGUCUGCUUCUGGUGUCACUGCGUUGAUCAAGGUGCUCAUGAUGAUGCGGAAGAACAUGAUUCCUCCUCACUGCGGUAUCAAGACCAAGAUCAACCACAACUUCCCGACAGACUUCCCUCAGCGAAAUGUUCACAUUGCUCUUGAGCCUACCGCAUGGAACCGACCCAGUGGCGGAAAGCGCAGGACCUUUGUUAACAACUUUUCAGCCGCUGGCGGUAACACUGCUCUGUUGGUUGAGGAUGGUCCUCUCAAUGAGUUCAAUGUGAAGGAUUCCCGUUCUGCCUUCCCUGUUGUUGUAUCUGCACGAUCCCAGUCUGCUCUGAAGAACAACAUCUCCGCUCUCGUGCAGUACAUUGACACGAACAAGAAUCAGUUCGAUGUCAACCCUGCCAGCCUUCUUGCCAACCUCUCUUACACCACCACUGCCAGACGUAUCCAUCACCCAUUCAGAGUGGCGGUCGCUGGAUCUACGUUGGAUGAGGUCCGAGGCGCAUUGGCUCCCAUUGUCAACCGUGACAGCAUCAGCCCGGCUCCUGCCACAGCACCUGGUAUCGGAUUUGUCUUCACUGGCCAGGGUGCUCAAUACACCGGCAUGGGCAGCCAGCUGUUCGAGAGUUGCUCACAGUUCCGUACUCAUAUUGAGCACUUUGAUCGCAUUGGUCAAAGCCAAGGCUUCCCAUCCAUCGUUUCCCUGAUUGACGGCAGCGUACCUAUUGAGGAACACAGCCCAGUUGUUACUCAGCUCGGAACAACCUGUAUUCAGAUGGCCUUGACCAAGUACUGGAUUUCUCUUGGUGUUGUCCCAACCUUUGUUCUCGGCCACAGCCUUGGCGAGUAUGCUGCACUGAACGCUGCCGGUAUCCUAACCAUCAGUGAUACUAUCUACCUUGCUGGUCGUCGGGCUCAACUUCUCACUGAGCAGUGCAAGGUCGGAACACACGCUAUGCUUGCUGUCAAGUCCUCCGUGGCACAGGUUAAGCAGCUUCUUGAUGAUGUUACUGAGGUUGCUUGCAUCAACGCUCCUAGUGAGACUGUCAUCAGUGGUGCCAGCGAGAAGAUUGAUGAGCUGGCACAGACCUUGAGCAAUGAAGGCUUCAAAGCGACCAAGCUGAAGGUUCCUUUCGCUUUCCACUCUGCUCAGGUUGAGCCUAUCCUGGAAAACCUUGCUGAAAUUGCGAAGGGUGUUACCUUCAGCGAGCCCGCUAUUCCUUUCGUCUCGGCUCUUCUCGGGGAUGUCAUCAAGGACGACAGCAACGAAGUACUUGGUCCCAGCUACCUGACCCGCCAUUGCCGAGAGACCGUCAACUUCCUGGGUGCUCUGGAAGCUACCCGUCAUGCCAAGUUGAUGAAUGACAAGACCCUUUGGGUUGAGAUUGGCUCUCACACAGUCUGCUCCGGCAUGGUCAAGUCAACAUUCGGUCCUCAAGCAACUACUGUGGCUUCUCUCCGUCGCCAGGAAGAUACUUGGAAGAUUCUGUCGAACAGUCUGUCGGCACUUUAUCUGGCUGGUAUGGACCUUCGUUGGAAGGAGUACCACCAGGACUUCACCGCUGGUCACAAGGUCCUUCCACUGCCUUCAUACAAGUGGGACCUUAAGAACUACUGGAUCCCAUACACCAACAACUUCUGUCUGCUCAAGGGUGCCCCGGCUACACCAGCCGUUGAGGCCGCUCCAGUCUCUACAUUCUUGACGACCGCAGCCCAGAAGGUUCUUGAGACGACCAGCGACGCUUCCUCAGCCAUGAUUGUGAUUGAGAACGACAUCGCCGACCCUGACUUGAACCGUGUCAUUGCAGGUCACAAGGUCAACGGUGCUUGCCUCACUCCGUCUUCUUUGUAUGCCGAUAUUGCCCAGACACUCGGUGAGUAUCUGGUACAGAACUACAAGCCCGAGUGGAAGGACUGUGGCCUGGAUGUUUGCAAUGUGACAGUCCCCAAGCCUCUUAUUGCCAAGGGUGGCAAGCAACUCUUCCGAGUCUCGGCCACUGCUAAUUGGGCUGAGGAACAUGCCAAGGUACAAGUCUGGUCGGUCACCCUGGAAGGAAAGAAGAUCCUCGACCACGCCAGCUGCACUGUCAAGUUUUUCGACACCAAUGCCUCUGCAAGUGAGUGGAAGCGCAGCGCCUACCUCAUCAAGCGAAGCAUCGAACAUCUCCAAGAGAGCACCAUCUCUGGUCAGGCUCACCGCAUGAAGCGAGGAAUGGUUUACAAGCUCUUCGCUUCCCUAGUUGACUAUGAUGAGAACUACAAGUCCAUCCGCGAGGUUAUACUUGAUAGCGACCAGCACGAAGCCACUGCUCUCGUCAAGUUCGAGGCACCCCCUGGCAACUUCCACCGCAACCCAUUCUGGAUCGACAGCAUUGGUCACCUUUCUGGAUUCAUCAUGAACGCCAGCGAUAACACCGACUCGAAGAACCAGGUCUUUGUCAACCAUGGCUGGGACUCUAUGCGUUGCUUGAAGAAGUUCGACGCCAGUGUUACAUACCGCACUUACGUGAGGAUGCAACCUUGGAAGGACUCUAUCUGGGCUGGUGAUGUCUACAUGUUCGAGGGUGAUGAUAUCGUCGCUGUGUAUGGUGGUGUCAAGUUCCAAGCACUUGCUCGGAAGAUCCUCGACAUGGCUCUUCCUCCUGGUGGAGGUGCUGCUGCUAAACCAGCUGUCGCUAAGCGUACUCCUGCUCCCAUUGAUGUCCAGAAGGCCAAGAAGGGACCUUCUAAGAAGUCCGCUGUCUCGCCCAAGUCUGCAGGGCCCAGUCUCUCCAGCCGCGCUCUUGCAAUUCUUGCUGAAGAAGUUGGACUUUCCGCAGCUGAGAUGACCGACGAUCUCAACUUCGCUGACUACGGAGUUGACUCUUUGCUUUCGCUGACUGUCACUGGACGCUAUCGCGAGGACAUGGGAAUCGAUCUCGACUCCUCUGUCUUUGUGGACCAGCCCACCGUCAAGGAUUUCAAGCGCCUUCUGGCUCAGAUGGGUCCUACCGAGAGUAGCAGCGAUGGAUCGAACAGCGAGGAAGACAUGUCCUCUGCUGCUUCCUCGACAGAUAUCUCUUCUCCAAACUCCAGCGGUCUCCCAACUCCAGCCAAUGAAAAGUCGACGACUCAUGGCACCGUCGAGCAGAACGACAGCAUGAAGCAUAUCACCGCAAUCUUGGCCGAGGAGAUCGGUGUUGAGCCUGCGGAGCUUGACGGCGAUGCCAACCUUGGCGAGAUGGGACUAGACUCGUUGAUGUCGCUCACAGUUCUCGGAAAGAUCCGCGAGGAGCUCGACAUGGACCUGUCAGGAGAGUUCUUCAUCGAGAAUCAAACCCUUGAUGACAUCGAAGAAACUCUUGACCUGAAGCCUAAGUCUGUCGCUGCGGAGGCCAUCAUUAUCCCUGGGCAAAUUCAGGUCCAGGCCUCGAAGUCUCUCCCUAGCACUGCCUCUAGCACUGCUAUCCAGCACCCACCGGCAACUUCAAUCCUCCUCCAAGGUAACCCCAAGACAGCAACCCAAAAGCUGUUCCUGUUCCCAGAUGGCUCUGGCUCUGCCACGUCUUACGCCACCAUCCCUGGGGUUUCUCCUGACGUGUGCGUCUACGGACUUAACUGCCCAUACAUGCGCAAUCCCGAAAACCUCAAGUUCCGCCUGGACGAGCUAACAGCCCCCUACGUGGCCGAGAUCCGUCGCCGCCAGCCAACAGGACCAUACAACUUCGGCGGCUGGUCCGCCGGUGGAAUUUGCGCCUACGACGCCGCACGCCAACUCAUCUUCGAAGAAGGCGAGCGAGUCGACCGCCUCCUCCUCCUGGACUCCCCCUUCCCAAUUGGACUGCAGAAGCUGCCACCCCGUCUUUACAGCUUCUUCGACACCAUUGGACUCUUCGGCGAGGGCAAGGCCCCUCCACCAAAAUGGCUGCUCCCCCACUUCCUGGCUUUCAUCGACUCCCUCGAUGCCUACAAGGCCAAGCCAUUCCCUUACCAUGACGCUGAGCUGGCCAAGAAGCUCCCCAAAACGUUCAUGGUCUGGGCUAAGGAUGGUGUCUGCUCCAAGCCUGGUGAUCAGCGCCCAGCGCCUGCUGAGGAUGGAAGUGCUGACCCGCGUGAAAUGCUUUGGCUGUUGAACAACCGUACUGAUCUCGGCCCUAACGGUUGGGAUACCCUCGUUGGCCCGAAGCAUGUUGGUGGUAUCACCGUUAUGGAGGGUGCCAACCACUUCACCAUGACUCGCGGCGAGAAGGCGAAGGAAUUGGCUGCUUUCAUUGCUAAGUCAAUGGGUGCCUAG